UCGGCCGCGAUGAAGCUCUCCAGCCUCAGCUUCCGCGCCCUCGUGGCCUCGCUGCUCCUCGCAUCGGCCUCCGUCGCCGAGCACACGAGCAACUGGGCCGUCCUGGUCUGCACAUCGCGCUUCUGGUUCAACUACCGCCAUCUCGCCAAUGUCCUGUCCAUGUACCGGACCGUCAAGCGCCUGGGCAUCCCCGACUCGCAAAUCAUCCUCAUGCUCCCCGACGACAUGGCCUGCAACCCGCGCAAUGCCUUCCCCGGUACCGUCUACAGCAACUCCGACCGUGCGGUGGAUCUGUACGGCGACAACAUCGAGGUCGACUAUCGCGGCUACGAGGUCACUGUCGAAAACUUCAUCCGCCUCCUGACGGACCGCGUUGGCGACGAGACGCCCCGGAGCAAGAGGCUGCUGACCGACGAUCGGAGCAACAUCUUUGUGUACAUGACGGGCCACGGUGGAAACGAGUUUCUCAAGUUCCAGGAUGCGGAGGAGAUUGGCGCAUUCGACCUUGCCGAUGCCUUUGAGCAGAUGUGGGAGAAGAAGAGAUACCACGAAAUCCUAUUCAUGAUCGAUACCUGCCAAGCAAACACCAUGUACAGCAGGCUGUACUCCCCCAACAUCAUUGCCACGGGAUCCUCCGAGCUCGACCAGUCAUCGUACUCUCACCACGCCGACAACGACGUCGGUGUCGCAGUCAUCGAUCGAUACACCUAUUACAACCUGGAAUUCCUCGAAGCCCACGUCCAGGACCUCAGCAGCAAAAAGACGCUUGGCGAGCUGUUUGACAGCUAUGACUUUGAAAAGAUCCACUCCACCGCCGGCGUCCGCUACGAUCUCUUCCCCGGAGGAGAGGAAGCCGCCCGUAGCCGCCUCAUCACCGACUUCUUCGGCAACAUCCAAAACGUCGAGGUAGACCGAGCCAAGGACCUGGCCUUGGAGGAGGAGCUGAUCGAGUUGAGCAAGACCAUUGCCGAGCUGCGGAAGAAGGAAGCGGAGGAGGACGCGGCUCGCCAGCAUAAUGAGACAUCUAUUCCCGCCAGCGUCCCUACCGCGCCGCCGAGAAAGGUCCAGGGCGCCAAAGCUCUCAGCGAAGAUGACUCGUGGUCGAAGAAGGUCAUUGGGGCUACGGCGCUUGCUGGAUGUGCGCUAUUGUGGGGAGUUGGCUCGUUGCUGGAGUCAUAGCCUUGUG